CGUGUAAAGUGACUCUGCGAUGUUCUCCAAGGUCACUGUAGAGCAAGAGUCACUUUGGGAAGGGCUCUAGGCCUGCCUGAUACGGGCUCACUCCAAGCAGCUUUGGAGCUGAUGGGAGCAGGGCUGCUCCAUCCUUGCGGUGACACCAUGGAUCCAUGUUACAACCACACAAGCUCGCAGAAAAGGAUGGACUUCCCCCUGCAGCUGGUGGUGGGGUCCUGCCUCGUCAUCCUCAUCGUGGUCACUCUCUGCGGUAACAUCAUCGUCUGCCUGGCCGUCACCCUCGACCGCCGGCUCCGCAGCUUGACGAACUGCAUCAUCGUCUCCUUGGCCAUCACAGACCUGCUGCUGGGCCUUCUGGUGCUGCCAUUCUCUGCCUUCUAUGAGCUCGCCAAGGAGUGGCCCUUCGGCAGCGUUUUGUGCAACAUCUACCUCAGCCUGGACGUCAUGCUGUGCACGGCCUCCAUCCUCAACCUCUUCAUGAUCAGCCUGGACCGCUACUUCGCCGUCACCACCCCGCUCCGCUACUGCCAGGUGGUCACUCCCUCCCGGGUGGCCGUGGGUUUGGUUGUCAUUUGGACCGUUUCACUGAUGGUCUCCUUCCUGCCCAUCCACCUGGGCUGGAACACCAACGGCACAGCGGUGCAGAACACAGGCCAGACCUGCGACAAGGAGUGCACGCUGGCGGUGAACCUUGUGUACGGGUUACUGGACUCCUUGCUCACCUUCUACGUCCCUCUGGUCAUCAUGUGCAUCACCUACUACCGGAUACUCAAGAUAGCGAGGGAGCAAGCCAAGAGGAUAAACCACACAUGGGGCAGCACGCCCAUGCCGCCCAUGGUGAAGGAGCACAAAGCCACCGUGACGCUGGCAGUGGUGCUGGGAGCGUUCAUCGUGUGCUGGUUCCCCUAUUUCACCGUGUUCACCUACCGGGGCGUGUGGGGGGACAGCAGGGUCAAAGGCACGCCCAUGUCCAUUGUCCUCUGGCUGGGCUAUGCCAACUCAGCCCUGAACCCCAUCCUCUACGGGACGCUCAACAGGGAUUUCCGAGUGGCAUACCAGCACUUGCUGCACUGCUGGAGGACGGGACACCCCAGGAACUCCCACCUGCCUCCCCUCCAGGAGGCCCAGCCCAGGGACAGGCAGGGCCAGGGCAGGCAGGAGGGCAAACUCUUGAAACUGGAGGUGAGGAACGAGAAGGGGACGCUGCUCACUGAUGGAGCCCUCAAGAGCACUGGAGCUUUUCUGUGAGCCUCAGCCAGCCCGCUGCCCUAGGACCCACAACUCCCAGCCUUCAACUCCUGGCUGCCCUCUUCCAAAAUCCUGUGUGUGAGGUUGAAAGGACAACACUCAGCUUUCCUCAGCAUGAAACUCAACAGCAGAGGCGAGAGCUGCGGGGAUCCCUGAUCUGGAAUUUGCUCCAUCCCCAAACACUGCUGGAGGAGCCUCUGCCCGCCCAGGUUUUUUCCCAGGAGGGUGGUGUGUCAGAAGAGCCCUCGGAGGAGCUGCAGAAGAACAUCUCCCCUGUCCUGUGUGGGCUGUGACGCCUUCAGCAUCAAGCCCCACACCAGAAGGAAGAGACUCCUGAGGAGCUGUGUCAGGAAGCAGUGCAUGCCCUUGGCAGGCUGGCAUGGGGUGGGAGUGCCCUCUCCAGACCCACGGCAGCGGCUCAGGCUGAGCGGGCACGGCAUGGAGGGGUAAGGGGCUGCU